AUGCCUAAAUAUCCAAAAUUUUUAAAGGACCUUCUAAAACGUAAGGAUAGGUUAGGAGAGGUUUCUAACAUUCCCCUUAGUGGAGGGUGCUCCGCCGUAGUCUUGAACAAGGUCCCGGAAAAAUUGACGGAUCCGGGCCUUUUGCCCAUUCCAUGUUUGUUUAGGAGUGAUACCGAGUGUAGGGCCCUAACCGAUUUAGGAGCAAGUAUAAACCUAAUGCCAUAUUCCAUGUACGAGAGGUUAGGUCUAGGAGAGUUAUCCCCUACACGUAUGUCUUUGUCUCUAGCCGAUAGAUCAGUGAAGUAUCCACGUGGCAUAAUCGAAAACCUUCUAGUUAAAGUGGAUAAAUUCGUCUUUCCCGUAGACUUUGUCGUUCUUGAUAUGGAAGCCGAUGAGAAGGUUCCUAUCAUUCUAGGACGCCCAUUCCUGUGUACCGCCAAGGCUAUCAUCGAUGUCUUCGACGGUAAAAUCACACUCCAAGUUGUUGAGAGUAAGUUAGAUGAGGUAGUUGAGAAGGUAGAGGAGGUUGUGAGUGAGAGUGAGGAAGUAGAAGAGACCGAGUACCCCCCGAAGGGCUAG